AUGAAUAAAGAUUCUUUAAAUUUUUUACUAUUUGCAGAUAUCAAUGAAAUAUCAAGUCUUUCUUCAAAAGAUACUAGUGAAAAAAAUGAUAGUAAAAGUAAAAAAAAAGGAGGUGGUAGAAAAUUUACUUCAGUUUGGGAACAUGUAAUUAAAGGAAUAGAAAUAUCUCAUGAUCGCUAUAAAGCUACUUGUAUAUAUUGCCAAUAUGAAUGGUCUGAAGGUAGACCACAAAAAAUGCGUCAGCAUUUAGCUUCUCAUUGUGAAAAAUGUCCUGAAAAUAUAGCACAUAUAUUUGCAAAGGAAGUUGCAAAUGAAAUAGUUAUUUUAGAUAAUGAAGAAAUAUUAAAAAAUAAUAAAAAACGAAUAAAAGUUGAUUCAAAACAAACAAAUAUGUAUCAACAUUAUGAUAAUAGUAAAAUAACAAAUAGUAGACAAAAAAUAAUAGAUAGCAC